CAUAACCAUACUGACAAGGGGACAGCGAUUAUAUCCCAACCUGAAAACCAUCAUCUUGCCUCGACCUCCUAAACCCAUGGGCGCAACGAAAGCGAAUCCCAAUUCAGAAAUGGCCUCAUCCAACACUGAGCCGAGGGGCAGUGAUGGCUUUGCACAUCUGUCCCCACACAUCCGUCACAUAUCGCGAAGUACAAUCCGCAGAAAAUGGAAGCCAUUGCCGCAGUCUUCCCAGGACCGUAUCAGGGCAAACCUAUUAUCUCUCAAGGCGCGUCGAGCCGGUGCCAAUGAUCACAGCAGGGUGCCAACGAUGGCAUCGCUGAAAACAAAAAGUCAAGAUUCAACGAAGCAGCCGCAGCGUUGGCCGGGCCGGACAAAGAAACAAGAGGCCGAUGAGGAGUAUCAGGCCGCGGUGGACAUGGUGACAGAAAAGCUACUCGGACGCAUACCACGGAUGCCUUUCCCGCCGUCAUCGACCAAUUCCAACCCCAACGGCAAUUCGAACAACCACACCGACGAGAGUUUCUCUUUGGAAGCGACGCUGCACCGCAUCAGCACACUCGAAUCUACUCUAUCAAUGCACACAUCGACCUCACACCUCUUGCGCGCACAGAUGAAACGCGAGAAACGGGCGCUAAGACGGGAUCGCGCCGAGCUUGACACUCUGCAAACCGCUCUGAGGAGUGAGACUAGGUUGCGGAAAGUCCAGGAACGCGGCUUGCAUCCUGUGACUAGAGCCCUGAACCAUUCAAUAGACCAUGGCGUGGCCAGGGGACAACGUGGCAAAGCCCGGCAGAGAAGUGCUAGUGCGCCAGGUGACGACGCCGAAGAGGAAUCUAGCGAUGAUGACGAAUCAUCACAACAGCUGCAACAGCAGCGGCAGCCGCAGCCACAUCUACGGCCGACACAAAGAAAUCCACCCAGCAGUGGCACGUCUCUCAAUUACGAUCUAGAGCCAGACAUGAAAAACAUCAUGACGCGAUUACGAAGUCAUCUCACGAGUAUGCAGACGAAUACUGAUGGGAUGCAACCCGUUCUGCAGGCUAUGGACAAGACCAAAGUUGCUCUUGACCAGUUCGUGACGAUGAGGUUUACAGGAGCGGAUCGAGAUAGAGCAUGCGGGCUUCAUGACUAGCUUUAGGCCAAGAGAAGACCACUGGUGUUGAUGACGCAACGAUCUUGUGUAAAACGAUAAGACUGAUUGAUUAUGCGAUGGGUGUCUGUCUCUCCGUGUCCAAGAUGAACGAGUACUAUGUAUAUCAGGAC